GCAGACAGAAAGCGGUGUCCAGAUGGAGUUGGAGAGCGAGGGAUCAUAAGCUACAUCAUGGACACACUAAAGAGGACCAGGAACUCUACAAACUGUCUUGAUGAAUAAGAAUAAUAUAUGUACAGCGCACUGCCCAUCAUGGGGGAUGGUCCGUCAUCUAUAAACUUCAACAAUGACACAAAAGGUGGAAAGGUGGAUGUCGACAUUCCUGGCGAUGGCGCAUCUGAGCAGUGGAUGGUCGGAAUAGGAUUGAUUAUGGGUCUCAUCGUUUUAACAAUUGUUAUCGGUAAUAUUUUGGUCAUAACUGCUAUAGCCAAGAACCAGAGACUACAGACAUUGACCAACGUUUUUAUUGUUUCCCUGGCGAGCGCAGAUCUUAUCAUGGGCUUGUUGGUGGUACCAUUUGGUGCCGCGCUGGAAGUCCAGGGCGCGUGGCUGUAUGGCUCCUUCUUCUGUGAAUUCUGGAUAUCCGUUGAUGUUCUGUGUGUCACUGCCAGCAUCGAGACUCUGUGCGUUAUUGCGAUAGACAGGUAUGUCGCCAUCACCUCGCCUUUCCGAUACCAAAGCUUGCUUACUAAGGCAAGGGCAAAAGUGAUAGUGUGCAGUGUGUGGGCUAUUUCUGCGCUGGUCUCUUUCCUACCAAUUUUAAUGCACUGGUCGCGGGACAAUGAGAACACCGCAUGUUAUGAGAAUCCAGAAUGUUGUGACUUUAUUACCAACCGGGCGUAUGCCAUUUCGUCCUCAAUCAUAUCGUUUUACAUACCUUUAGUUGUAAUGAUAUUUGUCUAUGCCCGAGUGUAUAGAGAAGCAAAAAAGCAACUGAUGAAGAUAGACAAGUGUGAGGGAAGGUUUCACAAUAACCUUAACGAUGCCACCAAGAACAAAACUAAUAGAAAGAGACCUUCAAAAAUGCUUGCAUUAAAGGAACAAAAAGCAUUAAAAACACUGGGCAUUAUUAUGGGAACGUUUACUCUUUGCUGGUUGCCCUUUUUCAUUGUCAACGUUGUCCGAGUGUUCUCCUCCCAGGUCGUGGACAAAGACCUUUUCGUGUUCUUUAACUGGCUGGGAUAUGUCAACUCUGCUUUCAACCCAAUAAUCUACUGUCGCAGUCCAGACUUUCGAAAGGCUUUUAAGAGACUGCUUUGCUGCCCAAGACAAGCAGACCGAAGGCUUCACGUAAGCUCAUGCGACCUUUCGCGUUACUCCGGCGGCUUUGUGAACUCAUUGGAACCGGGAAUGAUGGGGACAUGGACAGACUGCAACGGACUGGACCAUAGCGACAGCAGCCUGGAGGGUUGUGCCAAAUUAUCUCAUUCAGAAUCGCAGCUGUGAGGAUUGUUAAUGUGAAUUUCACCGUUGACAUUUUUUGUUGUUGCAUAAAUGUCCAGUUGAGCCCAUGGAGACUUCGUCUAUCGAUGCGCCAAAAUUUGGAACAAGAGUCAUGCUCAAGGUUUAUCUGUUUCUGGGACAAUGAUGGCACUCAAAAGGCUAAGCAUCAUCCGUGUGUUAAUAAUAAACUUUAGCACAUCUCAAUUCAGAUGGAAAGGAGCAGCUCGUUUGUAAAUCGUGCACUAGAUGUUGGAACAGCAAUGUAAAUACAUUUCAACAAGUGUCAAAAUGCUAUGUUAUACCUCAUGCCUAAAGUACAAAUUGUACGUAAGGAAUUUGUUUAUAUUAAACAUGUUAAAUAAACAGUAUUUAUUGUGCGCUGUAUAUAGGUCUGUAAAGCAGGUGAAGAAUUGCACAGACAAAUGAAUUGGGUGGGUUGAAGGGCGGUGGUACUGAUGUGCACCUCAGCGUAGAGGGGGACCAAAUAGAUCCCCAUCUUCUCUCUCUCUUUCUCUCUCUCUAUAUAUCUUUCUGUCUCCUAAUCUCCAAUGCUCAUGGUCUGUGUUUUAUUGUAUAAUGGUGGAUGUUUAUUAGUGUGCAAUAAAGUGUCAUUUUAUGAAAACUGUU